AUGAUGCUGCGCCACACCACCCUGCCACCCUUCAUUCACCCGCGCCUGCUGUUCUCUCCAAUCGCCGACAACGACGACGACCUGGAGCCGCUGCACAACUGCAUCAGUCUCAUGCAUAUGCUCAACAGCCGAGUUGCGGGGAGUCGGAAGCUGUUCUGGAGGAACGUGCGCAUGGAGUGCGAGAGAUUCUGCGCUGAGAACUCCACGUGGAACAGAUGGAAGUGGCUUGCUGCUCUCCAGGCGCUCUGCGUCUACCUCAUCCUCAGGCUUGACGAGGGCCAGACUGAGCACAAUAACUUUGACUAUCUCAUGGUCGCUGCCGUCGCUGCAAUCUCCUCCCAUCUCAACACCCCAGAGAUGACACCAAGCAGCAAUGGACGAGAGCUUACCUGGAAAGACUGGAUCUUUGAGGAAUCCAGGCGCAGACUGUGCGUGAUCUACCAGAUCCUCAACCUGCUCGUCUUCUUCGAGCCGGCCAACAUGUGCUCCCUGCACGAGUCGCAGCUGCUGCUGGCGCCGCUGCCGGCCAAGAGGCCGCUCUGGGAAGCCGCCGACGAGGCCAGCUGGCGGGCAGAGAGCGAGAAGGACGCCGAGGCUCAAGUCGACUUUGGACUGGCGACCAGCGGCGAGCUCGUCAAGCUGCAGAACGGCCUGCUCGUCGACUGCCACGCCCCGAUGGAGGUGGCCCGCCCCGGUGACGCAGGCGGGUCGUCGGCUUGGAGCGCCGCCCGGUGGGAUGAGUGGUCUGCGGGUAUGGAUGGGUUUGGCGGGCUGGUUAUGCUUGCUGCUUCGAUGCUUGGAUAG